UCCCCGGGUCGCGCUGGUGCGGCCGCCCGGCGGACAUGCGGCGGGUCUCUUAGGACGAGGUGUCUUUAGCAGGUAUAGACGCGAGGUGCGGCCUGGGGACCCCGAGAGACUCUAGUAUUUCUGGAACCUUCCACAGCCUUGCGUUUGCACAUGGGUCUGGCCCAACCGCUUCGUUUCUUGACCGGAAUGAGCAGCUAGCCCACGCUGACUUGGACCUCACUUUGUAGCCCAGGCUGGCCUUGAACUCAUGGCCAACUCUCCCAGAUGGUGACAGAUAAACUAGGGCCUGGAGACUUGAGGGGCCUGACCCAGCAGGACUUCCCAUUGUUCCUUGCUUCCUGCGAGCUAUGGGAAAGGAUGAGGAGAACAGGGAGAGAAUCCUAACCUAUCGUCCCAAGUGGGACCCUGUUAAACUCUUGUGUCAUGCCCUUUUGGCUGGGCCUUCUCUGUAGUCUGCUUCCGGUCUCAGCUUUCCUCCAUUAUCAGGACCAGUCACAUGCACAAGUGCUCCACCGUCCCCAUCCUUUGCCACAACUGCCCAAGACACCACUGCUGGCUUCAAGAUCAAGGGAAAAUAGAAGCGACAUGGGGUAUUAGUAGAGUAACUGAAAAUAAGAAUAUCCUGAAAUUAAGACAAGAACUAACUGGUCCAGAGAAGCAUUCAUAUUUCAAGAGCUCUAAAAAGAGGUAGAACAUAGUUGGUAUGGAAUCAAAAGCUUGCGAACCAAAUAAUGAAGAUCUUUUGUCAAGUGGCAUCACAUCCAAUGGAAGUUCUUCAAGCCCAUUUUUUGUGUCCUCUAUUCGUGGUACAAUAAUUGAAAACACAACUUCAACUGGGACCUUGACACAAAUGCCUUUUUUCCCUAAAUAUGAAGUAGAACUUGACUCACAUAAAAAAGUCAUCCCUUACCCUGGAAAGGAGCACAUCGAACGUGUUCUGGAAGAAUAUUCACAUCAAGUCAAAGAUUUGCAGAGAAGACUGAAUGAAAGCAAUGAGUUGCACGAGAAACAAAAAUAUUACUUAAGGCAGUCAGUCAUUGAUUUGCAAACAAAACUUCAAGAAAUGCAAAUGGAGAGAGAUGCUAUGGCUGACAUCAGACGAAGAGAGAGUCAGUCCCAGGAAGAUUUAAGAAAUCAGCUUCAAAACACAGUUCACGAACUUGAAGCUGCCAAAUGCCUUAAGGAGGACAUGUUGAAAGAUAGCAGCACACAGAUAGAGCAGCUGAGGAAAGUGAUGCUGAGUCAUGAGGGGGCGCUUCAAGAAAUCCGAUCAACCCUAGUUGAUUUUGAAGAGGCCUCAGGCAAGAAAAUCUGUGAACAGGACAGCAUGUCUACUAUGCACUUCCGCAACUUGAGCUCAGCUAUUAGUAAACUCCUAAGAGAAUUAGACACAGAAAUUUCUUAUCUAAAAGGAAGGAUAUUUCCAGUAGAGGAUCAGCUGGAAACACUGAAAGCAGAAUCACAGAACAAAAUAGAACUACUUCUUCAGCAACACCAGGACAGGAUUGAGCAGUUGAUAAGUGAACAUGAAAUUGAAAUAACAGGACUUACUGAGAAGGCUAGCAGUGCUCGAAGUCAAGCUAAUAGUAUCCAAAGCCAACUAGAAAUCAUUCAAGAACAAGCAAGAAAUCAAAAUUCAAUGUAUAUGCGUCAACUCAGUGACUUGGAAUCUACUGUGUCUCAGCUGCGCUCUGAACUAAGGGAAGCCAAGAGAAUGUAUGAAGACAAGAUAGAAGAGCUGGAGAAGCAGCUAGUCCUUGCCAAUUCUGAGCUUACUGAAGCUCGCACUGAACGGGAUCAGUUCAGUCAGGAAUCUGGAAAUUUGGAUGAUCAACUUCAGAAGCUGUUGGCAGAUCUGCACAAGAAGGAGAAAGAGUUGAGUCUGGAGAAGGAGCAGAACAAGCGUCUGUGGGACCGUGACACAGGCAACAGCAUCACCAUCGACCACCUGCGACGAGAGCUAGAUGACAGGAACAUGGAGUUACAGAGACUGGAGGCCCUGCUGAAGGCCAUGAAGAGCGAGUGUCAGGGCCAGAUGGAGCGGCAGAUGGCAGCCAUUCAGGGGAAGAAUGAAAGUCUAGAGAAGGUGUCUUCCUUAACGGCUCAGCUUGAGUCCACCAAGGAGAUGCUGCGUAAGGUGGUGGAAGAGUUGACAGCCAAGAAGAUGACCCUGGAGAGCUCAGAGAGGACAGUGUCUGACUUGACAGCUUCACUCCAGGAAAAGGAACGAGCCAUCGAGGCCACCAACACAGAGAUCACCAAACUCCGCUCCCGUGUGGACAUAAAGCUUCAGGAGCUGCAGCGCCUGCAGAACGAAGGGGAUCACCUCAGAAACAUGCAGGCAGAGUGCGAUGCGCUCAAGCUCCAGAUGGCAGAAAAGGACAAAGUCAUUGAAAUUUUGCGUCAGCAGAUCGAAAACAUGACACAGCUGGUUGGCCAGCAUGGAAGAACUGCCGGGGCUAUGCAGGUAGAGAAAGCACAGCUGGAGAAAGAGGUUAAUGACCGCAGACUAGAGCUGCAGGAAUUUAAGAUUUUAAAAGAUAAAAAAGAUUCAAAGAUCCGGGAACUUGAAGCCAGAGUGAGCGACCUAGAGCUGGAAAAGGUAAAGCUGGUAAACGCAGGCUCUGAGCGGCUUCGCGCAGUGAAGGACAUCAAACAAGAGAGAGAUCAGUUAUUAAAUGAGGUGAAGACUAGUAGGAGUGAAUUAAACAGUCUUUCAGAGGACUAUGAAGUCUUAAAAAGGAACUUUCGAAAUAAAAGUGAAGAAAUGGAAACUACUACAAAUAAACUGAAAAUGCAGUUAAAAUCUGCACAGUCUGAGCUGGAACAAACACGGAAUACAUUGAAGUCCAUGGAAGGGUCUGACGGCCAUGCUAUGAAGGUGGCAAUGGGGAUGCAAAAGCAAAUCACAGCCAAAAGAGGUCAGAUUGAUGCCCUGCAGAGCAAGAUCCAGUUUUUGGAAGAGGCUAUGACAAAUGCCAAUAAGGAGAAACAUUUUUUGAAAGAAGAAAAGAGUAAACUCAGCCAGGAACUAAGUACUGUUGCAACUGAAAAAAACAAGAUGGCCGGAGAACUGGAGGUGCUGCGGUCCCAGGAGCGCCGCUUGAAAGAAAAGGUUGCUAAUAUGGAAGUUGCUCUUGAUAAGGCAUCUUUGCAGUUUGCAGAAUGUCAAGAUAUAAUACAUCGCCAGGAACAAGAAUCUGUACGCCUAAAACUUCAACACACUUUGGAUGUAAAAGAACUUCAGGGUCCUGGAUACACCUCUAAUUCUUCAAUGAAGCCACGUCUUCUUCAGCCCACAUCUGCAACCCGUUCUCAUUCCAAUGUUCCUUCUUCCCAGUCUACGGCCAGCUUCUUGUCCCAUCAUUCUAUGAAGACCAACACGCUGAAGGAAGACCCAACCAGGGACCUGAAGCAGCUUCUCCAAGAGUUGAGAAGUGUCAUCAACGAGGAGCCAGCAGUGCCUUUGAGCAAGUCUGAGGAUGACGGGAGGGGACAGUCUCUUGGAGUCUUGUGUGUGGCGGGAGAUGACAGAGUAAGAGAUUGCAUUACUGAAGCAAGCCUGAGAUCAGAGCUCUGCCACAGAAGCAAUAAUUCGCUAAGGGAAUCUACUGAAGGCAGCAAAUCAAGUGAAACUCUUAGUAGAGAACCAGUCACAUUGCAUGCAGGUGACCUGGAAGACCCAUCUAGUUGCUUCACAUUUCCAUCCACAGUAAGUCCUUCUGUGAAAAAUUCAGCUUCCCGUUCAUUCAAUUCUUCCCCUAAGAAGUCUCCAGUUCACUCCCUUCUAACCAGCUCUGCUGAAGAGUCAGUAGGCUCCACAUCACAGUACAGAGCUACCAAGCCGCAUCAUUCAUCUGAUUCUGCAAAAGAUUCACAGUCUCCGUCACUAGAAACAACAGGAAAAACAUGCAGAAAACUUCAGAACAGACUGGAAAGCCUGCAAACCCUGGUAGAAGAUUUACAGCUUAAGAACCAAGCAAUGUCUUCAAUGAUCAGAAAUCAAGAAAAGAGGAUUCAGAAAGUGAAAGACCAGGAAAAAAUGUUAUUAAAAUGACAUGUUGCUUGCCUACUCUUUACAGAGGGAUGAUGCCCAACAAACUGUCUUAUUACUUGUAGUAAUUACAAUGCCCUAGUUUUUUUUUCUUUUUA